AUGUCUUCUUCCCCUCCAGCCUCGGCUCCGCCAUCGCAACUCUCUCAUCGAAUCUCCACGCGGAGCAAUUCGGAGAAUGAGGAUUAUCUUGCCAACGUCAAGCGUCGAGUUCUUCUUUCGGUAGAUGGUAAUGAAAGCAGCAACCGAGCAUUCGAAUGGUACACGAACAAUUUUGCAAAGGAAGAUGAUGGACUGAUUCUUGUUCAUGUUGUUGAACCCGCCAAUGCUGGCAUUAAUUACGGUCUCGCUGGCAAACCAGCUUUCUAUACUGACGAAUUUAGCCGACACGUCCAAGAAUUAGUGGACCAAGGUCGUGAGCUUGGCAAACGGUACCUUCACAGGUGCAAAGGCACUGGAGUUAGAGCUCGAUUCAUGCUCCACAUCGGUGCCAGACCGGGUGAACACAUUUGUCGUCUAGCAAAGGAGCAACAAGCCGACAUGAUUGUGAUGGGCAGCCGGGGCAUGGGACGUAUCCGAAGGACCCUUUUGGGCAGCGUCAGCGACUUUGUUCUCCACCAUGCUGGAAUACCUGUGGUGAUCAUUCCACCGCCCAGAAGGGCCUCAGAAUCUGCUUCACAGUCUGAAGGUACCUCGGCGAGAGUUAAGCAAAGACAGUCAAUUGCAUAA